UUCUUAUAUAAAUGAGAGAAAAGAAGAGUAAUAAUCAAGUACAGAGUAAAAAGUAACUACGUGAUAAUGUCGUUGACUUGGGUAAAGGGUUUAACGUUAUUGCUCUUGGUUUCUUCUAUCUUGGCUCAAGAUGGAUGCACUUGUGGCGGUCUUGGAUCAGGUAAAAAUCCAUGUAGCUGUAAUGACAUCGUCGUUCAAGCUGCCGAAGUUACGAAACCUAUACAGUAUCAUGUAUCACCAGAAGCUAUAAACGAAGCUGUAACAAUUCGUGAAGGUGGAAAAUCGGGAUGUUCUGAAACGCAAACUAAUACAUUGAUUAUACCGGAUUUCACAACUGUGACUACACAAUCGGACACUACUGUUACUAAUGUAAUUGAUAAUAUCUUAAAUCCAAGUAGUAGUAUUUCUAAUCCAUCGAUCAAUCUAGACAUCCCGAAUAAACAUUCUCCCUCCGAGUUGACCAGUGUCACUAUUCAGACAGAACCUACUUCUUCGGAUAAAAAUGUUCAAAUAGUACCCAGUUUCUCGCCUGUUAGCAAUCUUUGCAACCCAUCGAGCAAACUAACGGCAUUAACGUUGGGAACACGCGUUAAAGUAACUCCUGCGUAUCCUGUUAAAACAAAAUGUUGUCGAGGUAGUCCUUAUCAAGAAUGCAUUAAAUACAUAUCGGGUAUUCGCGGCAAUCCUUCUAGCGUGACACAUCAUAUUGGAACUCCUAUCGGAUUGCCUCAAUCAGAAUCCGGAACUCCUAGCGGAUUAUCUCCAUUGGGAUUCGGAAAUGGAAACUAUGGUACCUUUAGGAAUAUCUAUGAUAUUUCUAAUCCUUUUGGAACUCCUAAUGGAUUGUCUCAAUCGGUAUUCGGAAGUGGAAGUUACAGUACCUCUAACAUCAUUAAUGAUAUUCCUACUCCUUUUGGAACUACUAUCGGAUUGCCUCAAUCUGAAUUUGGAAACGGAGGUUACACUAGCUCUUAUAAAAUCUACAACACUCCUUUUGGAACUGUUCAAGGUGAUUUAAUAGGAAUUCCAUCGCAACGUCGACCACAAGACCAAUUACCAGCAGAUCCCAUAUCAUUGACUCUUGCUUAUAAAAAUCUGGUUGCACCACAAAUAUAUUAUAAUAAAGGAAAGAAAUUAAUAUCAGAGGGAAGUAUAUCGUUUGGACAUAGAACAUUGCCGAUCGAAGCGAAGAAAGAAAAGAAAUUGAUUGAUAUACCCGAAGAAAAACUUGUUAUCGUUGAUAAGCCUAUUGUCGAAUUGAAACACUCUCCUGCGAGUUCUAUAAUGAUCGGCGAGAACGACGACGAGGAAGAUAAUCUUGCCGAGCUUGAAGCUAUGGAACGUGAAAACUUGGAACAGAGAGAACAAGUCAAUCGCGUGAGAACGAAUUUUUUAAGUUACGGAGACGUAGGUUACCGACCAAUCGAUUUAAACGUUGUCGAAUCAGGCCUCGCCACAAACACACCUUCGUUAAAUUCUCAAGGAAUAGACCAAAGGAAUGUACCAAAUGGAGAAGAAAAUGGCGUAGGUGGAAAAUUAAUUGGAACAAAUGUAGGAUAUAAAUCAACAGGAUCUUGCGGACCCAUUGGACCUCCUUUACCAGGUUAUAUACCAGGAUCUAUAAUAAUUAAAAACGAUGUCGAAACAGAGACACCAAGAGACAUUGAAGAGAUUGACACGAAUACUUAUAAUUACAACGUCGAUAACAUUGAAAUCAACGAGGACAACCAAUUUGGCCCAGAAUCGGGAAUCAUUGCUAGAUUACGCAAUGCAGCACGAAAACAUUCGGUAUCGUCCUUGUGCUUUAAAUGAUGACCUACCUUAGCCCGCUUAAAUUUAUAGAAAAAUUCUAAUUGUCUGUUAAAUAUCAAACGUAUCGUUUGAAAUCUUUAUUGUGCCAUUUCGCUUCGAGUAUAAGAUAUUUACUUCAAACAUGUGAUACAUUUAGUAAAUGUAUAUAUAUAU